AUGGGAUUGAAGGGAGGGUGGAAAUUGGUUGAUCUAGUGAAUGAUUAUUAUGUGGUUAAGUUUGAAUUAGAGGAGGAUCUCAAUUUUGUGUUAACUAGAGGUCCCUGGAUUAUUACAGGGCAAUAUCUGGCUUUGAAGCGUAUUGGAGAUUUAUUGGGUAAACUGCUCAAAAUUGAUUCUCUUACCACUGCUCAGAAUAUGGGAAAAUUUGCUCACCUUUGUGUUGAAUUAGACCUUACCAAACCCAUUAAGGCCUUCGUUCAGGUUAAUCAAACUUGGUAUAAUAUUGAGUAUGAAAGUUUACUAGAUAUUUGCUACUUGUGUGGUAUGUAUGGGCACAAGAGGGAUAGUUGUGAAAUGAAGGCCCCUGGUUAUGCUGACUCUGUUGGGGAGGGGCAUGUUCCUAAUGAAGGAGUUGGUACAAGCUCGGACGUUGCUAUGGAAAAGGAUGGUGUUGAUGGUUUAAUGGGAGGUCUGAGGGGACCUUGGAUGAAUGUGUCGGCUCGAAGAAAACCCAAGGUUGUGGCUGCUAACAAAGGUUCUAAGGGUUCUGGCAAUAGGAACCGUGGGUCUAUGUUUGAUGCUUUACGCAAAGUGGGAGAAAAUUUUGGUUUGGAUAAGGGUUUGGUUAGUGGAAAUGGUGCCCAAACUGGUACGGGAAAGGUUGAUUCAUCUACGAGGGGUGCUGACAUGGGACAGAAAAUUUGGACUAAAUCCAAGACUAAUAAAGCAGGCUUUAGGGCAGCUUUGAGCAAUAUCUCUAAUUCUUCUUUGAAGGAAAAUAUUCCACUGAAUAUGACUGGCCAACGACUUGGUGAUUCUACCCGUGGGAGUGAUGGGACUUUGUCAAGUAAGGGUAAAAUGAUUGUUGGUGGUAAAAGAGUGGAAAAGCAAAUUUAUGUGCAAGAGCAGUUAAAUACUUGGGUGCGUGGUAACAAUGAAUAUACUGCUAAAGAUGUGUAUAUUAUUGGACACCAGCCACUUAGUAUUGAUGCAUGUGGUAAUAAGCAUGCAGAGGAGUGUGAUACAGAUACAGAUAUUGAUACUACUUCUUUGGUUUCCUCUGCACAUGAUGGUGGGUUGCCGCAGGGGCAUAUGGAUAUGUCUGUAGGACAAAAGAUUUUCUCGCAGGAGAAGACUACUAGUCAUGCCUUUAACAAUGUUGAAGGUAUAACCAUUGGUUCUUAA